UAAAAAAAAAAAGGAACAGACAAUAACUUGAUGAGUCAAAUGUCAAGUGCUGAAAGUGGAAGGAAAGAUCCAGCAUGGAAGUAUUCAACGAUGGUAAAUCUCAAAAACUUAAGUAAGUUCAAAUGCAAUUUUUGUGGAAAAGAGAUGAAUGGGGAUGUCUGUCGAGUUAAGCAGCAUCUUGUUGGAGGGUAUAGGAAUGUGACUAAAUGUGUUAGAUGCCCAACUGAGGUUAGAGAUGAGAUUUCUGAGUUUAUUGCUAAAAAAAAGCAAGUUAAGGAGCAAAUCAACCUGAUGCCUGAUUUUGAUGAUUUGGUUGAUGAAGAAGAUUUUGAGGAUGAGGAUGAUCUUGUAGAACUCCCUCAACAUGGUAAAAAGUCGAUUCCUACUCAAGGUUCUACUCAAAGAACCAGCUCUGGUUCUGUUCAAUCCAAACUUAAAAGGCCUAGGAAGAUAGGGCCUAUGGAUUGUUUCUUCACACCUGAUCCAGAUGUGGUGGCGCAAAAACAAAAAGGCAAGGGGAAGCAAAGUAAAAUUGAUGAAAAUGAUCCCUAUAGGAAAGAGUUAAUGCAACGGGCGUAUGUUAGAAUUGCAAGAUGGAUGUACGACUCUGCGAUUCCUUUCAACGCAGUGAAUUAUGACAGUUUUGGGCCAAUGAUUGAAGCUAUCGGGCAAUUUGGUCCUGGUUUGAAACCACCAACUUACCACAUGAUACGAGUUCCUUACCUCAAAAAAGAAGUGGAUCGUGUUAACAAAUUGAUGAAGGAGCAUAGAGACGAUUGGCCAAAGUAUGGAUGUUCUAUAAUCUGCGGUGGUUGGACAGAUAAGAGAAAUAGGACUUUGCUUAUUUUCUUAGUGAAUUGUCCAAGAGGCAUUAUGUUUAUUGAAUCCAUUGAUGCAUCUAGUUACUCAAAGGAUGGAAAUAAGAUGUUUAAUUUGCUUGAUAAGUUUGUGGAGAAAAUUGGAGAAGCUAAUGUGAUCCAAGUCGUCACGGAUAGUGCGGCAGCAAAUGUGUUGGCAGGGAAGUUUUUGGAGGCAAAGAGACCCCACUUGUAUUGGACGCCUUGUGCAGCCCAUUGUUUGGAUUUGAUGUUGGAAGAUAUCUUCAAAUUACCCAAUUUUAAAAAGACAUUUGAAAGGGCAAUUGGGAUACAUGGUUACAUUUAUAACCGACCAUCUUUGUUGAAUAUGAUGAGGCGUUUUACUCAGUUGAAGGAGUUAGUUAAGCCUGCCAAAACUAGGUUUGCAACGGCUUUCUUAACUUUACAAAGGGUUUAUCAACAAAGGAACAAUUUGAGGAAGAUGUUCACUUCAGAGGAGUGGACCAAAAGCAAAUGGGCGAAGGAGCCACAGGGUAAGAAGACAGCUCAAAUACUACUAAUGCCUUCAUUUUGGAACCAUUGUCACCUUGCCCUCCAAUUUUCAUGUCCUCUUGUUCAUGUACUAAGAAAGGUUGAUGGUGAAGAAAAGCCUCCAAUGGGUUACAUUUAUGAGGCUAUGGAUAGGGCUAAGGAAGCUAUUGCAAAUAGCUUCAAUGGAAAUGAAGAGAAGUACAAAGAUGUGUUUCAAAUCAUUGACCAAAGGUGGAAUGUUCAAUUGCAUCGCUCUUUACAUACAACUGGGUUUUAUUUAAAUCCAAAAUUUUUUUACAAAGAUCCAAGGGCUGCAAAGGACAGAGAAAUCGUAUCAGGCCUCUAUCAAUGUAUAUCAAGGUUGAUCCCAGCAUUAGAGGUCCAAGAUAAAGUUACUGCAGACUUGAUAAAAUAUGAAAAUGCUGAAGGACUUUUUGGAAUACCUAUGGCAAUUAGACAAAGAACUACAAGGGUACCAGGUGAUCUAUGUUCAUCCACAAAAUUAAGUUAGUAGUCAAUUCCUUGUAGUUUAAUUAUUUGUGAAGUGUUAACCAAUAAUCAUUUACAGCUGAUUGGUGGAGUUCUUAUGGUCACGAUGCUCCUGAGUUGCAACAAUUUGCCAUCAAAGUUCUUAGUCUUACUUGUAGUUCAUCUAGUUGUGAGCGGAAUUGGAGUGUGUUUGAACAUGUGAGUAUCCGUUGUCAAAUUUGGAGAACUCUAAAAUUUUCUUCCAAAUUUUUUUAGUUAUAUAUGAAUUUAAAUGUUUUUUUAUUUAUUGUUGCAGCUUCACAGCAAAAAAAGAAAUACGCUAGCUCAAAAACGUCUCAAUGACGU